AUGGCAUCGUACCUCGAGCGAGCUGGCGCGUGUGUAGACCGCGCCGGCGGCCCUGGGAAGUUCGACACCGCGUCGACGUCCAGACCUCUCCUUUGCCGCCGGUCCUGCGACGUCGACGCUUUCUGCGUCGGCUACAGCGUUUACGCUCCGCUCGUCGGAGGUCAGGUCGAGUGCAAGACCUAUAAGGCGCAAGCACCGGAGGACGCGAUUGCGGGCGCAACGCCCUCGAGCAGCACGACGUGCUACGAAAAAAUAUAUUCACCGCCUCCGCCGCCGCCGCUCCCGCCACUGCCCCUGCCGUGUGUCUUUCCCGACGCGCUGUGCCUUGGCCAGAAAUGCGGAGACUGGAUCGACACCUCCUGCACCAGCCCCUCCCUCCAGGGACUCUGGGCCGGCCACACCUGCCCGCAUUGCCGCGGCUGCUGCUCCGUGCAGCCGCCGCCCUCGCCUCCCGCAGCCCCGCCGCCGCCGCCACCGAAGCCGCCGCCGCUGCCGCCUCUCUCGCCGCCGCCGCCGACGCCGCCGCCGCCGCCGCCGCCGACGCCGCCGCCUUCGCCUCCCGCGGCCCCGCCCUCGCCGACCCUGCCGACGCCGCCGACGCCGCCGCCGACGCCGCCGCCGCCGCUCGCCCCACCCCCACCCUUCUACGCCGACUUCGUCGCGAAGCUCGACGGGACGGUGCGGACGGGGUACGAGACCGUGGCGCCCGUCGUCAAGGAGCUGGGUGGGGAGUUGGACGCGCUGCUCCCUGAUCGGUGGGCCCAGAAGGCCGCCGAACACGGGAGCGCG